UUGGUGGUGUGAGUUAAAAGUAAAAUGUGGUAGACAGACCUACCAGCGAGUCGCCGACUGGCUGAGCCGAGUUCGCCUGCGCACAUCGCUUCAGUCGCCUGCACUCGGGCAUCUGGAGAACAGCCGCGCACGCCGUGUCUUGACUUAAGUCGUGUUCAAUCUCCGUGAACUGUUUUUUAUCAGCGGUGCGCACACGUGAGAUGAAAUCGUCGCAAUGGUGAAAUAACUUAACUUAAGCAAAAAUACUUAAUGCUUCAAAAUAAAACCCGAUGUGAAAAUUCUGUGUGUGCAUAGUGUUUUAAUGCAGUGCGAGUGAAAAUCAAGUGUGCUUCGAGUGACUUAAGUAAAGUGUAAUAUUAGACUCAAGAUGCGGUUGAAAUUGAGUGCUUGCAUUUUGCUGGCGCACAUCUUUUGGGAGUCGCGCGCCCUGGACAUGGCCUACACGCCGGUGUUGGGCACGAACGGCACAAGAUGCUACGACGAUAUGCGUCGGCCGCAGAGAUGUAUACCAGGAUUUGAAAAUCCAGCCUUCAAUAAUCUGAUCGAAGCGACAAAUACCUGCGGCGAGAACGGCCCAAUCGAAUACUGUGUCCAAACGGGAAUCACCGGCAUCCGGAAGGCGUGCACCGUAUGCAACCCCGACCAACAUUCCGCGCGUUAUCUCACCGACGACAGCAAAGACCAACAAACCUGGUGGCAAUCCGAAACAAUGAACGAAAACAUUCAAUACCCCAACACGGUUAACCUCACUUUAAACCUAGGUAAAGCUUUCGACAUUACCUAUGUCCGCAUUUGGUUCCACUCACCAAGACCGGAAAGCUUCGCCAUUUACAAACGUACAUGCGAAACAUGUCCAUGGGUACCAUACCAGUACUACAGUGCUACAUGUCGUGAUACGUACAGUUUACCAGACUCCACACACAUUGGCAAAGGUGAAGACACGCGAGCACUGUGCACAUCUGAAUAUUCCGAUAUUUCACCGCUCAAAGACGGAAAUAUCGCGUUCGCAACCCUGGAAUACCGUCCAUCGGCGUACAACUUUGACGCUAGUCCCGAACUUCAGGAAUGGGUCACUGCAACAGACAUCCGCAUCUCAUUGAAUCGUUUGAAUACCUUUGGUGAUGAAGUUUUUGGUGCAACUGAAGUGCUACGUUCGUAUUUCUACGCGAUUGUUGAAGUAUCAGUGGGUGCGCGUUGUAAGUGCAACGGACACGCUUCCGAGUGCGUAAUUUCCACGGGAAUCGAUGGGAGUCAGAGGCGCGUUUGUAAAUGUGAACAUUAUACUGCUGGCGCUGAUUGUAAUGAGUGUUUGCCGUUCUUCAACGAUGCACCUUGGCGGAGAGCUUCCGAAAAGAAUGCGCACGAGUGUAAACCAUGCAACUGUAAUAAUUUCUCCAAUCGUUGUUACUUCGACAAUGAACUCUACAAGAAAACCGGCCAUGGCGGCCAUUGCCUCGACUGCGCCGACAACCGCGACGGUCCUAAUUGCGAACGCUGCAAAGAAAACUACUACCAAAAUCAAGACCAAUACUGCCAGGCAUGUGAUUGUGACCCAGAAGGUUCACGAAACCUCCAAUGCAAUUCCGAAGGUAAAUGUUUCUGUCGUCCGGGUGUCACCGGCGAUAAAUGCGACAUGUGCGACGAGAACUUUUACAAUUUCGGCCCGGAUGGAUGCAAGUCAUGCGGUUGCAGUGAUGCUGGUGCGGUGAAGAGCAUCCCGAAGUGUGACGCCUACACCGGCGCCUGCACGUGCAAGGACAACGUCGAAGGUAAACGAUGCCGUGAAUGUAAACCCGGUUACUUCAAUCUGGACGAAGAGAAUGAAUUCGGAUGUACGCCUUGUUUCUGCUACGGACACUCGUCCGAAUGUCAAUCGGUUAAUGGCUACGCGCGUUAUCAGAUCGAAUCGAUGUUUACGAAGGGCAAUGAGCGUUGGAGAGCGAUGAAUGUCUACAAUACAACCAUAGACAUGCAAUACAAUGCGUUAUCGCAUAGUAUUGGUGUGUCAGCGCCGGAUAAUCAGGAUGUUUACUUUGUUGCACCCGAGAAGUUCCUUGGGGACCAGCGGGCUUCCUAUAAUCAGUUGUUACAGUUCACGUUGAGGACCGGGGAAGGUUAUGUGGUACCAGGAGCAACUGAUAUCAUCCUUGAAGGUGCUGGAUAUUCAAUUACUAAUCAUAUUUUCGCGCAGGGGAAUGAAUUACCAUCAAUUCAGAAUCAUGAAUACAAGUUCCGCCUCCAUGAACAUCCAUCCUACGCGUGGAACCCUCGAUUAUCCGCUCGUGCGUUCAUGUCGAUUUUAACCAAUUUGACGGCCAUUAAGAUCCGCGCCACUUAUGCGCAGCAAAAUGCCGUUGGUUUCUUGCAACAUGUGCGCUUGGAGACUGCAUCGCGUGGUGUUGCUGGUAAACCUGCUCUGUGGGUGGAACAAUGCUCAUGCCCUGAAGGUUAUAUUGGUCAAUUUUGUGAAUCUUGCGCACCUGGUUACCGGCACUCACCUUCAAUUGGUCCUUUCAUGUCCUGUGUCCCUUGUAAUUGUAACAAUCACGCUGAUAACUGUGAUUCCGAAACGGGACGUUGUAUUUGUAAGCAUAACACGACCGGAAGUAAUUGUGAUUUAUGCGCGAGGGGUUUCUAUGGUAACGCAUUGGGUGGUACCUUUGAUGAUUGUCAACCUUGUGGGUGUCCCAAUGGCGGUGCUUGUAUCCAAAUAGAAGAUGAUACUGUUUGUGUGGAAUGUCCUGUUGGUUACACAGGGUCAAGGUGUGAUGUCUGCUCAGAUGGGUAUUUUGGUGAUCCUACUGGUAGAUAUGGGCCUAAAACACCUUGUCAAGCUUGUGAAUGUAAUUUGAAUAUUGAUACGAAUGCAAUUGGUAACUGUAACACUACAACCGGGGAAUGUCUUAAGUGUGUUCAUAAUACUGGCGGAUCAAGGUGUGAAACUUGUCUACCAGGGUUCUAUGGUGAUGCCUUGGGUUUACCCAAAGGUGAUUGUAAGCCAUGUCAGUGUAGUCCAGCUGGUAGUGUGGAGAGUGAUUCAGGGCCAGUCUGUGAUCAACUUUCCGGCAUGUGUAAAUGUAAAUUACACGUUGAGGGAAGGAACUGCGAUGUCUGCCAAGAGGGUUACUACAAUAUUCAAUCAGGAGAAGGGUGCUCACCAUGUAAUUGUGACUCCAUUGGUAGUUUGAAUCAUACCUGCAGUCUGUACACUGGUCAAUGUUAUUGUAGACCUGGUAUUACAGGGUUAAGAUGUGAUCAAUGUGAACCUUUCAAGUAUGGCUUCUCUGUAGAUGGUUGCAAAGCAUGCGAAUGUGAUUACAUUGGAUCAAAAGAUCCUCAGUGUGAUUCAUUUGGUCAAUGUCCUUGUCUGGACAACGUUGAAGGCAGGAGAUGUGACCGAUGCAAAGAGAACAAGUAUGAUCGUCAACGUGGUUGUGUAGAUUGUCCGCCAUGUUAUAAUCUGGUACAGGAAGCAUCCGCAAACCAUUUUAAGAAACUGCAACAACUCAAAACAAUCCUGGAUGAAAUUGAACGCAAUCCAACUGUUAUUGACGAUGAUAAAUUCGAGGAACAAUUGAAUGAUAUCAAAGAAGAUGUCCAUGAGUUAGCAGACAUGGCUAAGGAAGGUCUGGGCGGUGAUGAAAAGUCCCUGAAACAGAAACUUGACAAUAUUAUCGAGAGGCAGAAAGCUAUUUCAAGGACCCUGGAAGGUAUUGAAGAAAGUAUUCUACUUGCAAAGGAACAGGACUACAUGGCGAAGCAAAAUAUUACGAAAACAGAUGAAACUAUCAAACUCCUCACCGCGGAUCUUGAGAAAGCUGAACAGAAAUUAUUAUCGGAUGGUGCUGAUGCUCUUGAGCAUGCAAGACAACGAGCGAAGGCAUUCGGUCAACAUUCAAGGAAAAUGACAGAAAUUGCUCAGGACGGACGGAAAUUAGCAGAUGUUUUGGAUGAUCAAGCUGAUAGAGUUGUGACUACAGCUAUUGAUGCAAAGAAUGUCUCCACAAUGGCGUAUGAACUCGCCAAGAAUGCCAGCGAUCAACAAAAGAACAUAACACAAGAAAUGCGUGCUCUGAGAAGUGAUGUGACCAACACUGAGAAUAAACUCAACAGAGUCAAGCAAUUAACAGAAGAUGCACAUAAAAAGGCAUUGGAUAACAAAGACAAAGCAUUAACACUAUUAUCAGAAGCUAGGAACUUGAUACUGCCAGAGAUAGAUAUAGAAAAGUUGAAGAAAGACGCCGAGGAUACCAAAAUGGAGUCGAAGAAGUUAUUGGAGGAAGCAAAUGAGCUGAUGAACGAACGAGAACAAAUGUUGAGGGAUGUUAAUGAGUUGAUACUCAGUGCUAAUGAUUUGUUGAAGGGAGCUGUCGAAAAUCAGGAUACCACGAAUGAGAUUCUAGCGGAUAUUGAUUCGGCUCGCGCGAAGGCUGCGGACGCUGUGGCUUCCGGUGAUAAGACGCUUAAAGAUGCCAAGGCUAUGCAUGAAACACUCACUAAAUUUGAUAAAAAAGUACAAGAAAGCAAGGAUGCAGCGUUGAAAGCUUUGGAUGAAAUCCCAGAAAUUGAACGUCUCAUAGAAGAUGCCCAGUUGAAGAAUGAUAAAGCUGAGAUAUCCUUAGGAGUUGCAAAAGACAACGCUAAACAAGCUUUGGUCAGUGCAGAGAAUGCCUCACAGUUAGCCAAAAACGCAAUCAAACACGCUGAGAAAAUGGAAAAAGAAGCUACUAUGUUGAACAAAAACGUCGCACAGCUCAAGAAUGAAGCACAUUUAAUGGCUGACAGGGUGGUAGAGACACGAAACGAGUUCAAUCGACUUGCACAACAAACAGAAAACAAUGGUACUCUUAUAAACGAAGCCAGAGAAAAGGUUGGCCGUGCACAAAAAGACUCCCAAGAAGCAACCAAGAAAGUAAAUGACAUCCGGAAGGACGUGGAAGCCAUCAUGAAAGAACUAGAAAACGUGCCAUACAUUGAUGAUGAAGAACUGAAUCGUUUGGAGCAACAACUCAAACGUGCUGAACAACGUGUCCGCGACGAGAAUAUUGUAGCCAUGCUUGAGAAGAUGCAGAAUGAACAAAAGGAUCAACUCGCACUGAUUGAUACUUACAACAAAGAGAUUGACACAUUACGCAAGGAGGUAGAGAAUAUCGAACAGAUUGCACACGCAUUGCCUGUCGAUUGCUUCAAAAAGCUGCCUUUGGAAGUUUAAUUUACCACAAACUGAGUAGAAUUAUGAAUUUCCUAUUAGAUUUACAAGAAAAUAUCGCAUUUACAACGUAUUUUAUGCAUUAGUGUUUUAUAUCUUAGAAGUUUUUCAUAGUUUUCGGUAUAUUUGAAGUAUUUCAACAAUAACUCAACAAAAUGAUUGUUUUUGUUGAUUUUAGACACUUAUACUUCACUUGUGCCGAGAGUUGGAUAGAUUUUGAUAGAAUUUAUAGACUGUAAUUAAUUGUUGUCAUUGAUAUACCAAAGAAGUCUUGAACAUUUCUCUCUCUCCAAUAAUUUAACCUCAUCUAACAACUAUCUUGGAAUAUUCUCAGAUGAGUUAGAUAAUAGUGAAUAUUUUUUUGACACUUUGUAAUAAAUAAUAAAAAACAUGUAAUUUAGAGAUAUAGAA